AACGCCGUGUGCUCGCAACGAGCCUGCCGAAUUCCGUCGCACAUGCUCGCUCAGCGGGCGAGCCUGGCUCGCUGACCCGUGCUAGGCAAUCUCUGACCCGUGUUAGCGCUUGAACGAGCUGGAUCCAGACGACUGAAUUGAGCGAGACUGGACAUGGCGCAAGAGCAGGCGGAUGGGGGCGAGCGCGAGCUCCGAGCGUUCCACGAAAACCUCCUGGCCGACGACGCAGACAUCCCGGCGCAUGUCGCGGCCCUGCCACCCGAGGAGUUGCCGCUGGCGACCAGGCUGGGCCUCAAAGAGCUGUCAGGGCCCAGCGACCGGCAGUCCGAUGACGCCGUGCAGGCCGUGGCUCUGGAGCUCCUCAAGCUGUGCCACCCGCAGCAGCUGCAGCUGCAGGGGCUGCCGGGGCCGGCGGCGAGUCCGCUGGCUCCCAAGUUCCUGCCCCCGCCCGACCCGGCCCGCCUGCAUGCCUUCCUGGCGGAACCCGGCGUGAAGCCGGGCUGGAACCCAACUGGUGGCAAUGCAGAGCCAGUGAAGCUGCGCCACCAAUGUGCGCCUCACAAUUUUGGUGUGGGGUCCAAGAGCGGCGACCGCUGCAGUUGCGGCCGGGCGUACUGCGAGGCUUGCAGGGACGCAGGACAUGCCUUCCACAAGGUCACCAAAUACUUCCCGGUCUAUUGUGGGGAUGCCCCGCCCCCCGACCUGGCGUGCGAGCCCUACACGCGGACACGCAACGAGAAAACUGUACACCUGGGGUACGUGCCGGUACAGCCAGUGGCUGUGAUGUACAGUGUACAGCCAGCACGGCUGCCGUACGAGCGGCGGGGCGGGCCGCCGCAGCGGCGGCAGCCGGCGGCCGGUGGCGAGUUGGGCGACUGUGCUCCUGAGGAGCGAGGCGGCGGCGGCAGCGUGGAGGGCGCUGGAGGAGCCGCCAGACCUGCUGCUGCUGCCGGUGGUCGUGGCCGCAGCCGUGGCAGAGGCAGGGGCAGGGGACACCCGCAGGUGCACCCGCAACACCAGCAGCAGCAGCAGCAGCAGCAGCAGCAGCAGCACCAGCAGCACCAGCAGCAGCUGGUCGCGCGAUGCGUGCGGCAGCAGGCGCCAGAGCUAGCAGCAGGCGGGCAAGGUGGCGGCGGCGAGGAGGGAAACGGCUCUGGAGGCGAAGAGGGCAGUCUUGCAGGCGCUGCUGUAGCAUCAGCUGUAGCAGCGGGUGGCAGCAGCAGCAGCAACCGGGAGCCCUCGGAGGGAGACCGGGAGCGCAGAGACGCGCAGUGGGUGGUGGGCCUGCUCCGCAGCGCCAUGACCGCUGAGAGGCGGGAGACCGCCGCUGAUGCCUUCCGCGUGGUGCUGACGGAGCUGGCUGGCCCCGACGGGCGGCCUGACCUCGUCCGUGUGGUGAACAUCAAGAACGGAGACGCCGACCGCCAACACGGCAUUAUGAUGAUGGCGCUAUACUCCGCGCUGGAGGCGGAGGGGCUGCUGCCAGAACAGGAGCAGCAACAGUUGGAGGCGACGGCGCCGCCACCGCAGGAGGCGGCGGAGGAGGCGGCAGCGGCAGCGCACUGGCCGGCGCGAGAGCAGGCGGUGGCGGCGGCACAACAGGAGCAGAGGCAGCAGCUGAUAGCGGCUGAGGGUCCGCAGCAUGCGCUGCAGCACCAGGAGGCCCCACCGCCGCCGCGCAUUUUGUCGGAUGGGCUGCAGGGCCGGCUGCUGCUGCUGCUGGAGCUGUUGCUGGCGGCGUUCGGGGCUGCCGGCUUCCGUCAGCUGUGCCUGCAGGCGGACUUUGCGCACAUGGACACACUGCUGCACGCCUGCUGCAGGUACACGUUGCUGCGGGUGCUGCGCUGGCUGCUGCCACAGCUGGACGCCGCCGCCCUGGCCGCCCGCACCAAGGCGCACUGGGGCCCGCUGCACACGGCCGCGCGCGCCCCACACCGGCAGCUGGCGGUGGAGGUGACGGAGCUGCUGCUGCGGCGCGGCGAGCAGCUGGGGCUGUUCACGGAGGAGGCGAUGCAGCAGCGCGGCACCUCGGCGCUGCUGUCUGACCUGAGUUUCAACAAGUUCUACCUGGGGAUGAAAGCACGGUCUGUGCUGGACGAGGCAGUCUGGCGGGUGUGGCCGCAGCAGCAGGAGGAGCAGCUGCAGCAGCGGCAGGACGGUACCGCAGUGGUGGUGACAGUAGUGGUGCGGCGGCGGCCGGCGGUGCGUGAGGACAUCAGGAGUGAGGAGCAGCUGGCCGCGGCCAUGGCGCGGCUAGCGCGGCUGGACCUGCUGCCGGCUGCUGCUGCUGGCACUGGCACUGGCUGGGGUCGCUAGGCAUGCGGUUGUGGAAGGGGGCCUGGACUCAUGCUGCUGCUGCAGCAGCAGCCACAGCGGGCCCCAGCUGCUGCAGGCACUGAUGGCUGGCGGACUAGGCGGUCGGUUGCAGAGGAGACGUAGGACCGCAGCGAAGGGGCUUGACGCGUGUGGUUCUGACUUGCGACUGCCGGAGUGCAGACGCCUGCCUUCAGCCUUUGCAGUGUGGGGGACUGGAGACUGUAGAACCGCAAUGAACUACCCCCACUCCCACCCUGAGGUUUAUCAUCUGCGCGCGCCAGGGCCAACAGGUUGGCGUGCACGGCGCCACCCUCUGCCGCGGUGUAGGGGCUGUGCGGCACCAGCGUCAGCCGCGUCAGGCUGGCCGUCAGAGACGCCGGCAGCGGCGGCGGCGGAGCCGCAGGCGACAGCGGAGGUGUCAGCGACAGGCCCAAGCCGGUUGAGGCGAGGCCGAGGUGGGUAGGUUGCGAAGGGCUGGUGGGGUGGAAGAAGAAGAGGUGGUGUGGGUGGACGCGGGCUGGGCGGGUGUGGUGAGGGCUGGCAGGCGGGUGGCUGCGGGCCAGUCGUGCACGCACACGUCCGUCAGGCGCGGGAAGGUGGACUGCAGCGGCCUGAGGGGAGUGGGGCAGAGGGGGCGUGUGGGGUGUGGGCAGGGUGGUUGUAGAUACCAGCCCAAACUAGAGGGAACCCAAAAAUGCAAAAGAGCGAUGAGGGAAGCGUGGCCUAUGCUUUUACAAUGGAGUGGCCUCGACAUCAGUAGUCUUUCAAGGCCGAGGCUGCGGCAGAUGCGGCGGCUGAGGCGGCAGCAGUGGCAUGCGCGGGCUUCGCUUGCUUACGUUAGGAUAAUCAUGUGGUUAGUCAGGACUGGGGACUGGUGCAUUCAGCCGGUGCAUUAGUGCCGAUUAUGAACCCGUCACGAACCGUGUUGACUUGCAAGACGCGGAAGGGCCCCGGUGGGGUUCGGGGGCGGCACGGGUGCUGAGGGGCGGGUACCAGGGGCGCCGAGUAUGCGCUGCGCUCCAGGUCUCCCUAUUCAAAACC